AUAAAUUGCUUCUAACUCAGUCUGACUGAAUAAACGCGAGUGCUUAAAGACACACAAUUUUUUCUGCGACUAGCUCAAAAUACAGGAGUAAAACUAUCCACUUGACUGGUAUAUCCAGCUUUAUGUAAAAUGUGUUCUGAAUACCCUCCAAUUAAACCUAGUUCCUUUAAAGGAAACUACUAUGAGUAUGGGCUAUAUCUACACAACUGGUACAGGAAAAGGCACGGUGCUCCUCCCUUGAAACUUGCAAAAUGGAUGAACGAGUCUGGAGACAAUUACUGCGAAAAACUGGCUCGACACGGAGGCGCCCUGGUCCAUUCUUCCGGUCUGGGAUAUGGUGAAAAUCUUUGGGGUGGUCCACAGGCGAAGGCAUGGGUAAAACACUUGUGGCCCGAAAGUGCAGACGAUUAUAUACACAAAUGUGCUGUCAGAGAAGCAGUGAAAGCGUGGGAUAAAGAAGUCGAGCAUUACAAUUACAAUCAUGGCGGUUUUAGCAUGCAUACUGGUCACUUUACCGCUAUGGUUUGGAAAAGCUCGACGGAGCUUGGGAUUGGUGUAUGCGUCCUUGGAGGGACAAUCAUUGUUGCAGGAUGCUAUAAAGUACAUCCAAAUAUGCAAGGGCAGUUUACACAGAACGUGCUUCGCUACAGGGAUGUAAGCGAUGAGACAGAGGAGACUAAGGCGGUAGAUGUGCCAAAACCAGUUGAAUCCUUACCAGCAGGCGAUGUCGAUGACGGUGCUGGAUACAAAUAAGUCGCAGCAAAAAAUGGUGGUUCCAUGCCAUCGAAUAUGGUAUUGGCUGGACAAGAUGGGAAGCACGACGUUUACGUAGCUCGGGCUAAACAUAUGAAUGGCAUUAUACCGGGCAAGUUGAUUGUUGGCUACGGAACCUUCGUUGCGUACGAUGGCGCAGAGCAUGGGAAAGGGAACUACGAGGUCCUAACUGGAGAGAAAAAUUGCUUUGCUUGGGUUACUUCGCAGGCAACGGCAAUUCCAAAGAAUGCCAUUGUCGGGUGGUAAGGACCCCAAUGGCUCUGUUUAUCACGUUGGCAAGGGAAUUGUCAAUGAUGCAACUGCGGUUGGCAAGAUUCUUGGUGGAAAAUUAUACGUAUCUUACGGUGGUAAGGAACACUGCCAAGACAAGGGCUUCCAGAUUCUGGUGACUACAAGUGAUACGACUACUGCCGAUGAAAAAAGUGAGGUAGAUGAACUAAAAGACGAUGGGGGUGUAUCCGAUGAAAAUCCUGUGGUGGUGGAUACUACUUCACCAGAGAUGAAACAGGCUUUCGAUCAAGUGUGUGAUGCCAAUGGUACAAUCGGUUGGUACGAGCUUAAGGAUCUGAUCGGUUGUAUCAAUUUGGGUGAAAACUCGGUCGCUUUGGAUAAAGUCAUUUGUAGGAUGCUGAUUAAAGCUGUAGGAAGUUCCGACACUGAAAGGAUUGGAUUUCUUGGCUACGAAAAUGCGAUCAACGGACUCAAACGAUCCAUUGAGAAUUUUCUUGCCGUUGAUAAGGACAGAAGAGGAAAUUUGGACCCCUUCGAAGUGAAAAAUGCUUUUUCCAGAGACCGUGAUAUUUCAUACCAGGACGUCAUGGGGUUGAUGGAAGCUGUAGGGCAGGAAAGUGGGAAAAUGUCUUUGUACGGCUUUCUUCUGGCAGACCUUCUCCUCAUCACUUUGUCCACUUCGGAAGUCGGCAUUGAUGAAGAUGAUAAUCCAGCCGUUCUGGAGUGGAUGAACAAACAAAUGGAUUUUUUAAAGAGUGGAAAACCAUUGAAAGAUAUGUAAAAGGAGAAAUAAUUGAGUAUAUUAGUAAACUUUGCUUGCAAGAGCUUAUGUAGCCUAUUCACAAUGAGAGGUGUGCAUUUAACAUAGCUAUACCAUCUGAUCUUGACAAUCGGAUUGUAAAUUUUGACGUAUGGUUUUCAUAAUGUGAAAUAAAGUUUUAAGUUGAGAUAUGUACCAAGCGAAUAAAUGGUUGGCCACCCAGAUGGACCACGCCAAUGGAGA